CUUGCGCCUUGCUCGGAUCUUCUGCCUCUUCGCUAUUCCAACACUGCAACUGAUACCUUGCGUAUCUUUCUUGUCAACACUUUCAUUCAACAUCUUCUAGGACUCUCUCACCUCUGAGAAUGAGCCGAAAGCUCGCCCCCGAAGCCAAUCGGAUUCUCUUCGUCAAGAACCUUAACUACAACGUAACAGCAGAGCAACUGUUCGAUCUGUUCGGCAAAUUUGGCCCCAUUCGCCAAAUUCGCCAGGGUAUCGCCAAUACCUCCAAAGGAACCGCAUUCGUUGUCUACGAGGACGUUCACGACGCCAAACAGGCAUGCGAUAAACUCAAUGGUUUCAACUUCCAGAACAGAUACUUGGUCGUCUUGUAUCAUCAGCCAGAGAAGAUGGUCCGAACGAAAGAGGACAUUACGGAACGGCAGGAGAAUUUAGAAAGGCUCAAACAGCAACACGGGAUAGAAUGAUGUGACGAAUUCUUUUUCUCUUCCCUCUGCUAGCAUUUAGCUGCGCUAUGGUAUUGCAACGGCUCUAC